UUUUAGUUGCGAGCUUGUGGGGCGGCUUUGGAGUGUGCGGUCCACACGCUCUUAUCUCCAGUCUCCGGAACUCGCCGGAGAUCCUCGAAAUCCCAACAAAAAGUCCACCAGUUCUAUCUUUACUCGUUAACCUCGUCGGAGGUCCUCUGAAUCUCAACAAGAGUUUGCAGGUCCCUUUUUGGCCAUGUAGAGUAUACACAUAUAUUCUAAGCGAUCAUUAAUUUCUAUUCACUUGGUCAACAAUGAUGCAAUCCUCCAAAAUCUUGGGAUCCUUAAAAGUUAAUAGUCCAGUUUUGACCUCAGCGACGGCAGAUGGACUUCUCUCAAAUCCUAAGUGCAGACUUCCUUUGCCUGCUGCUAUUUACGGAGAUUAUCUCAUCCAGCCUCAAGUGAAAUUGAAGAGGCAACCUAAAUACUUCCAAGUUUAUGCCAAGUUGCAGGAGAAUGGUGACUCUGGAAGCGACGGGCACAGUACAUCUCAUGAUUUGCUCAAUGCUAUAACAAAGAACUCUGAAAUUUGUUCUAGUCCUGAGAAGAGAUCUGCCAUAUCAGAUGAUUCAAGUUGUCAUUUGGAUCAGGAGUCCCACAUUUCUUCUCUUAAUGAUGAGCUUACACCAGAUUCCAUCAACUAUCAAGUAUGCCUUGACAAACUAAAGGCUAUAUAUUUGCAUGUGUUAGCAUCUGAACAAUGGAAUGCUUCGCGUCUUAAUAUAUGCCACAGAACAUACUUGUGGAGUGCAGCAAACUUAAUUCACUAUUUGGCUGUGCACACUCUUGAGGUCCAGCAACUUAAAGAAGAACUUUCUUCUAUAGGUCUUCUGGAUUUUGAUAACACAACUUCUCAUGUUCUUGCAAGUAUUACUGCCUGCAUCCAGCUGUUGGAGAACUUGUCGCAUAUCUCUGCCGAGGACAGAAAAAACAUAAUUCACAUGAAAAUAAGAGAUCAAGUGACUGCUCAGAGUACUGAUUAUGCAAGGGAUGCUACCAUAAGUACUAUGAGGAAAACGAAAUUUAUGCACGCAAGGGCAUUGUUUGGAUCAAUUCAAGACAAGAAAGAUGCACACAUUAUGGUAACUGUUGGUCAAGAAGUGAUUUCUAACAAAAUUCUUCUUGAUGAUCUUCUCAAGGCAGGAGCAGAUAUCAUAAGGAUUAAUUGUGCACAUGAUGAUCCAAGCAUUUGGAGUGAGAUCAUCAGGCUUGUAAAGCACAGUUCUCAAAUGCAGGAAAAACCAUGUCGUGUCCUUAUGGAUUUAGCUGGACCAAAACUGAGGACAGGACCACUGAAGAGUGGUCCACGAGUGAUAAAGAUAUCCCCCAAGAAGGAUGCCAAAGGUGACGUCAUUUUUCCCAGCCAAGUUUACUUGUCCCCUGCAGGAUGUUGCCCUCCUGCUCACAUAUCACCAGAUGCUGUGCUUUUUCUUGAAGGUGACAGGCUCUUUCAAGAAAUUGAGGUGGGUGUGGUCCUUGGAUUUGUUGAUGCUAGAGGGAGAAAGAGAUCCCUGAAAGUUUCUGAAAAACUCUCUGUUUUCUCUGGUCAUGGUUAUAUAGCAGAGUGCUCAAGGACUGCUUAUGUUGGAUGUAACACUACAUUAUUCAUUGAGGGUAAGAAGAAGAAAAAAGCAAUAAAUGGAAAAAUUGUAAAUGUGCCUCCAGCAGAGCAGUUUGUAAGACUGCAAGUUGGAGAUCUACUGACGAUAUUAAGAGAUUCUAGUUUAUCAGGUGAUGAACUGGGUGGUACUAGUAUUGGUUCACCGAAGAUAACAUGUCCUUCUGGCCGUCUUUUUGACUCUGUCAAACCCGGUGACCCAAUUGCCUUUGAUGAUGGAAAAAUCUGGGGGGUUAUCCAAGGGGCAGGCAUCAAUGAGAUCGUUGUUUCAAUCACUCAUGCAAGCCCAAAAGGUUCUAAACUUGGUUCAGAGAAAUCCAUCAACAUUCCAAAGAGUGAGAUGAAGUUCGAAGGGCUCACUUCCAAAGACCUUGUGGAUCUUGAAUUUGUUGCCGCUAAUGCUGACAUGGUGGGCAUUUCGUUCAUUCGUGACGUUCAUGAUGUGACCGUUGUUAUGCAAGAACUUAAGAAAAGGAAACUUCAAAACUUAGGUGUUGUGCUGAAGAUAGAGACCCGUGGCGCCUUUGAAAACCUGCCUCUCUUACUUCUUGAGGCCAUGCAAUACCCAAAUCCAUUAGGCGUUAUGAUUGCUAGGGGAGAUCUUGCAGUGGAGUGUGAAUGGCAGCAGUUGGCUAGCAUUCAAGACGAGAUUCUGUCCAUUUGUAGUGCAGCGCAUGUGCCUGUUAUUUGGGCAACCCAGGUUCUUGAAUCACUUACUAAGUCUGGAAUUCCUACCAGAGCUGAGAUUACAGAUGCGACUAAUGGAAUGAGGGCGAACUGCAUUAUGCUCAACAAGGGAAAGCAUAUUGUAGAAGCUGUUUCAGCAUUGGAUUCCAUGUCAAAGACACGUUCUACCGGCAAGUUGAAGACACUACCAAGACCACCUCUUUUUUCCAACUUCUAACACAGUAAAAUUGUAUUGUAUGUUGUAGUUCAUGCAGACCUUAAAAUCCUGGCUUGCAAUUCUGUAAAUAUAUCAAAGUUUCUCCAGGACAUGGCAUGGUGAUAAAUGUGGCAAUUUCCUUUGCAAUA